AUGACAACCUCCAAAGCAAAGACGUCCACUGCCACCAACAAUCAGCUCCCUGGCCAGAAGCAGGAGGGUCCGGAGUCCUUGAAUAACCCAAGCAAGACAUCCACCUCACCCAUCUUCUGUGCCUACCAUGACCCCAUUCUCAACCUGCGUCCAACAGUUGGACAGCCUCGUCGCUCUGGCACCAUGGACAGGUUCCUGCAGGAAGCCCCUGCCGAUCAGUCAGCCAUCUUUAACCGUCCCGACAAUGGCAUGUACACCCAGGGUGGCGUGAAGGACGGCGGUACAUCUGAAGACAAGGAGGACAGAAUGUCCAAGCAUUUGAAUCUAGCCUGGUAA